GCCCAGCCUGGGAGGGAAAGACGCCAAGAUGGCCAUGAAACAUUUCUACAACGACUUCAGUGAAAACUUUUUAACUUGUCAUAUAUGUCUGGAGGAAUAUAAAGACCCGAGAGUGCUCCCCUGUUACCACACGUUCUGCCUGGAAUGUAUUGCUGACCAUGCAGCCAAGAAUGGUGUCCAGAACAAGUUCUCCUGUCCCGUGUGUCGCCAGCAGAUUCCCGUACCUCCAGGUGGGUUUACCACCCUCGUGAAAGAUUUCUUCUUAAGAAAAGUAACCGACUUCGUGAAAGGCCAAGCAGCGUCAGGGGGGACACUUUGUGAGUAUUGCAACCAUAAAAAGGCCAGUUUAUUAUGUCAGGGCUGCCCAGAAACCAACCACCUGUGUGCACCGUGCCGCGAAUUACACGACAAAAUACCCUCGUGCAAGGGCCACGAGUUUGCCCCUCUACCAAAUGCUGAAAUUCCAUUAAAUCUAACCAGCAUACGAGAACAGUUAUGUCAAGUAAUAGGUAACACUCAAUACUGUGACAAACACAGGAGAGAACCGCUGGCGUUCUAUUGUCAAGACGACGACACUGUCAUGUGCAGGUUUUGUGAAGAAGGUCACAGCAAACACCAUGUCAAGAUGUUAGAUACUGUGGUGCAGGCCCAUAGGGAGCUAAUACAAGAAAAGUUGAAAUGUCUCCCACCUGAGAAAUUGUCUCGUUUUGAUAAAGCGGUAGAGGCUUUAACACGAAUCCAAGAGAGGCUUACAGAAAAUCAGGCAGAGGUUAUGCGUUUGGUGGAAUCACAGAAAUUAGCUAUGACACAGGAUAUUAAUGAAAACAAUAAAACUAUUGAACGAGAACUCAGUGAUUAUUAUCAGCAAGUUGAGAAAGAUGCCAGGACUCAGAAGGGGGGGAACUUGGCAAAUGUCAAACAGCAUUUGGAAACUUACCGAACAAAAGUAGAGUCUGAUUACACCAAAUUGAAAGGCAAUGUAGAAAACAUAAGCAAGGCAAUAUUGGCAGAAGUUAAGGCACUCACCUCCUCCCAGGUGAAAACUUUAGAAGCUGAAAAAGACAAACAAGAAACCAACAAGAUUUUCAUACAAAGUGUCCAAUAUUUUGCUCAGCAACUUAUAGACUCCGGCUCUAACAUCGACGUCAUGACCCACUCUAAGAAACUCCAGACUAGAAUCCAAGAGUUAGAGACAUUAGAACCACUCAUUGCCAUCAUGACCACCGACGUGACGUUUACGCCAGGAAAAACAAAAAUGGACCACGUGCUACAGUUUCCUAAAAUUCCUGAACCACAGCUGUCCAUCAAAACGGGGUCCAUUACGGCCAAAACAUACCACGGUCCAUUGGGUACGUAUUUUGGAAGUUUGAAACAAGUGAUAGCGUACCCUUUUGAAUUGGAGCAGUUUCAGAAAGCCACGUGGCUACAAUGGGCGAAGCUGAGCCAUCGUUUUCGUGCCAAGGGUUGGCUGGGAGACAUACAGUGCACAGAGGACGGGUGCAUUAUAGCUGCAUAUGGCAUUGCAGCGUCCGUGUUCUCCAACACAGGUGAUUGCCACUGCGACUUCGACACAGAGGAAUGGGUCAAGUGUAUCACUACAGUCAGCAACGAUAAAUUCGUGGGCACAGCGAGAGAUAAAUUCUGCAGGUUGUAUUCAACAUCAGGUCGGGUUAUCAAAUGUUUUGGUCAGUACGAAAUGUCUGAACCCGGGGGUGUCACGGUGGACCGUACAGAGGUACCAGACAUAGAUGAUUUAAAAAGUAUCGCUGGCAUUUCUGAAGAAGGCAAGCACUACCCAGCAGUUACAGCGUCAAGGGCGGCAGACGACUACAGGCUCUGGUUUGUAAAUUUCACUAUUCGACCUCACACUACACUAACAGUGGUUAUGAAACCGCUGAAAAACAGGAGGACGACGAUAAACCGAGUGGACAAAUCCACAAAAAACACCCCGUAG